CACAUCCUCGCUGCAAAGCCAAGAAUCUUGCGCAAUCAUGGCGACUGAGGCCGUGCUCAACGACAACGCCCAGGUGGACAAGGGCGACAACGCUCGCCUGAGCUCCUUCGUGGGCGCCAUCGCCAUUGCAGACCUUGUCAAGACCACCCUCGGGCCUAAAGGUAUGGAUAAGAUUUUGCAGUCUAUGGGCAGCCGGGACGGGGGCAUCAGCGUCACCAACGACGGAGCAACGAUUCUCCGGGCGAUUCACGUCGACAACGCCGCGGCGAAGGUGUUGGUGAACAUCGCAAAAACGCAGGACGACGAGGUUGGCGAUGGCACGACGAGCGUCACCGUCCUUUGCGGGGAGCUGCUCAGGGAGGCGGAGAAGCUCGUGAACCAACGCCUGCACCCGCAGACGAUCAUCCAGGGGUGGCGGUUGGCGACGGCGGCGGCCCGGAGAGUGCUCGCCGACAGCGCGGAGGACAACGGGAAGGACGACGCAAAGUUCCGAGAUGACCUCUACCACAUCGCGAAGACGACGUUGAGCUCUAAGCUGCUAACGCACGAGAAGGACCGUUUUGCGGAGCUUGCCGUGAACGCGGUGCUCAGGCUCAAGGGGUCGGGUAACCUGGACUACAUCCAGAUAAUCAAGAUGCCGGGGGGUUCGCUGAAGGAGUCUUACCUUGAGGAGGGAUUUAUCUUGAACAAGAAGAUCGGGGUGGGACAGCCGAAGGUCGUCGAGAACGCCAAGAUCCUGAUCGCCAACACCGCCAUGGACACGGACAAGAUCAAGAUCUACGGCUCCCGAGUCAGGGUUGACUCGAUGAACAAGGUGGCGGAGAUCGAGGAGGCCGAGAAGGACAAGAUGCGCAAAAAGUGCAAGAAGAUCGUGGACCACGGAGUAAACGUCUUCGUCAACCGCCAGCUCAUCUACAACUUCCCCGAACAGAUUUUCGCGGAGGCUGGAGUGAUGGCGAUCGAGCACGCGGACUUCGAAGGGGUGGAGCGACUGGCGGCGGUAACCGGCGGAGCCACGGCGUCGACCUUCGACCACCCAGAGCUGGCGGUGCUUGGGGAGUGCAAGAAGAUCGAGGAGGUUAUGAUCGGCGAGGACACCUUGAUCCGAUUCUCCGGCUGCAAGGCUGGGGAGGCGUGCACCAUCGUGCUCAGGGGGGCUAGCAAGCACGUUUUGGACGAGGCGGAGCGGUCUUUGCACGACGCCCUGUGCGUGCUCACCCAGACGGUGAAGGAGACUCGCACGGUGCCCGGCGGCGGCUGCACCGAGAUCGCCAUGGCCGCAGCCAUCGACGCGGAGGUGCCGAACACGUCGGGAAAGAAGGCGCUGGCGAUGGAGGCCUACGCGAGGGCGCUCCGGCAGCUGCCCACCAUCAUCGCGGACAACGGGGGCUACGACGGCUCCGAUCUCAUCUCUAGCCUUCGCGCCGCACACGCCCAGGGGGCCAAGACUGCGGGGCUGGACAUGCAGCAGGGAGUUGUGGGCGACAUGAAGGCGUUGGGUGUGCGGGAGGCAUACAAGAGCAAGCUGCAGGUGCUUAUAUCUGCGGCGGAGGCGGCGGAAAUGGUUCUGCGGGUGGAUGACAUCAUCAAGUGCGCGCCCCGCCAGCGCCAGCAACAGUAGUCGGACGCACCGCAAAAGAGUGUUUUUAUGGUGGAGUAGGACCGGCACGGGCUACGCUCGUGUUCAACCCCUCUCUGCCUUUGGCAGCAGCAACUGAGCAGAAAAGGCCGAGAGCACGAUCGAGAUUGAGACUGACGUAUUUAUAACAUAACAGAUUGAUUUCGGGAAGUAAGUUGUUGAUCGUUUUUUUUCUUGGAAAUCAAGCAAGAAGUCCCGUGCGGCAUUCUAGUCUGAUGCGUGGUCGAUUUAGGGCGGCAGGCAUAAUGAAGGUAAUGGCGUCUUCUUGAAACUACCACGACUUUUUGGUAUCCAAAAGUUCUCGAAGCUGCAGAGGGGUUGAGCCAAGUAUAUUGCAUGCAAAAUGCUCCCUCGGUUGUUGUCAAUGGAUGAAACGUCGCAGGAGGGCUACACGCUCUUUUUAUCAGUUGCGACAAAGCAUCGGCCCGUUUUGACGAGUGAGGGCGAAAAUGCAUGUUGUGCAGUG